AUGCGUACUGCAGCUGCGGCCUCGCUGCUCCUCGCAGCAACAACCCCACUGAUCUCAGCUCACGGCGAUCAUCACCAUCACGGCCAGCGAGACUUUACACCUGCCGAACUCAAGGAGCUCCAAGACAAAUGGGGAACUGACUUUGGCUUCGGUGGCAUCAGCACAUUUGCGCAUCUGCCGCAUCACAAAUGCUUGACGAACCCGCAGACUCCGUUUGACAUUGGCAUCAUCGGAGCUCCCUUUGAUACCGCCGUCUCUUACCGCCCAGGCGCUCGCUUUGGGCCCCGCGCUAUCCGUGCUGCAUCGGCUAGACAGACUGCUCUGCGUGGAUACAAUCCGCGGGCAAGUCUCAAUCCAUACACCUCUUGGGCUAACGUGGUGGAUUGUGGUGAUAUUCCUAUUACGCCAUUUGAUAAUGGACUUGCUCUGCGUCAAAUGAGCGAAGGUUACAAUGAACUUGCGACUAGAGUGGCCAUUCCUGAGAACGUGGACUCGGCAGCGACGUAUCUCCAGACUGCCAAGAUUGUCACGUUGGGUGGUGAUCACAGUAUCGCUCUUCCCGCAUUGAGAGCGCUGAACAAGAAGUACGGGAAACCGGUUGCGGUUGUCCAUUUUGAUGCUCAUCUGGACACUUGGCAUCCAUCUAAAUAUCCUUCUUACUGGUUGGAUCUGGAUGACCCAUCUACACAGUCUUUCUUCACCCAUGGAAACAUGUUCUGGAUGGCUGCAACUGAGGGAUUGAUUGCUAACGGCUCUUCGAUCCAUGCUGGUCUUCGCACUAGACUGUCAGAUGAGGAUGAUUACACAAACGACUCGGAGCAAGGUUUCGUCCGCAUCUCCGCCGAUGAUAUUGACGACAUCGGCACAAAAGGUGUCAUCUCCAAGAUCUUGUCUACGGUUCCUGCAGACUACCCUGUCUACCUCUCAAUCGACAUCGAUGUCAUUGACCCCGGUCUUGCUCCUGGUACUGGUACCCCUGAGCCUGGCGGUUGGACUACUAGAGAGUUGAUCCGUAUCUUGCGUGGUAUUGAAGGUCUCAACGUUGUGGGUGCCGAUGUUGUUGAGGUAUCGCCAGCCUAUGAUUCCCAGGCUGAGACAACGGCACUUGCGGCUGCACAGGUUGUCUAUGAGAUUGUUACCUCGAUGGUUAGAAGAGGGUUGAUGGAAUUGGCGAGGACAAAGCAGGAAGUUGUCAAAGAUGAGCUAUGA